AUGGCUGGUGGUUCAGAACAGUCCAAACAGAUCGUGUUCGCUCCCAGCCUGGAGCCGACCUUCGUCAACGUUCCUCAGAACAGCUUCGUAGAACCCUUCGUCCUCAACCCCGGGACCUGGACCGUGGUCAUAGAGGCAGAGGACAUCCUGCUGGACUACAUGGUGCUGCUUCCAGUGCCUACUACGAGCUGCCUGCUCUACAAGUACCUUUCUCUGGACUCCUUCCCCUCCAUCUCCGCUAACGACGCCAACUGUCGCUACGACAACCACCUGCCUCGACCCUGCCAGGUGGAGAGGAUCACGCUCAUCGUGGAGCUGCGGGGCCGCGUCUCGGGCCCCGGGGACUACGUGGUGGUGGUGGAGUACGCCAGCGAGGAGCAGACCCCCCAGACCCUCUCCGUCACCCUGAACACCCCGGGGGGCCGGGGCCCCACCAGGCACCGCCUAACCCUGCAGCAGUGCACCUACAGCUUCCUGUGUCGCGUGGUUGCCAUUGACGACCAGAACCGCGUUGCGGUCUUCUCUCUGUCUGGGGACGCUGAGGUCCACCUCGCCUCGGACCGCGCCAGCUUCUUCCUGCACAAAGUGUUCCUGGUGCCGAAAGACCAGUUCACCAUGGAGUAUGUCGAGCCGAAGGUCCACUGCAUCAGCACUCAUGGACAGUUCUCACCUGACAGUACGGCCUGCGUGCCGUCCCGGUUCCACACCCCCUCGGACUCCCUGGUCCUGAGGGACGGCCAGGGCUCCUCCAUCCAGGAGCCGGCCCCGCGCCCCGCCCCCGGCGUCCCGGGCCCCUGGCAGCAGCCGGCCCCGACCCCCGCCCCCGGGGUCCCGGACCCCUGGCAGCAGGCGGACCAGGAGCCCUGGACCCUGGGGGUCCCGCCCCCCUUCGGAGCCGACAGCUCGGAGCACGUCAGACUGGACCGCCUGCAGAAUGCCGCGGUGUACUCCACCCGGGUCCACUCCCUUGGUCGCUACGUCUUCAUCCUCCACUACCACCAGCCACUCCAUCCCUCCUACCCCGUCCAGGUCUACAUCAACGGGGGCCGCAUCUGGCAGGGUCAUGUCAACGCCUCCUUCUGUCCCCAUGGUUACGGUUGCCGUGGCGUCCUGGUGGCGGAGAGCCAGAUCAUCCUGGACGUGACGGACCAUGAGGUCUUCCUCACCGUACAGAUCCCUGAGGGGAAGACCCUCUGGCUGGACGAUGUGCUGGUGGUACCUGAGAGCAGGUACAGUUCCAGUUACCUGAACGAGGAGCCACUGGACAAAUCCUACGACUUCAUCAGCAGCUGCGGUCAGAACAGCUUCCACAUCAACCCCUCCACCGCCUCCCCCUUCUGCCUGAGCUCGGCCGUCUCCCUCUCCUCCUUCUUCAACAACGGCGCCCUGCCGUGUGCGUGCCACGAGGUGGGGGCGGAGAGCGACUCCUGCGAGCCCUUCGGGGGCCAGUGCCGCUGCCGGCCCAACAUGAUUGGUCGAGACUGCUCCACCUGCGCCACGGGCUUCUGGGGAUUCCCCAACUGCAGACCGUGCAGCUGCGGCUCGCGGCUGUGUGAGCCGGUGACGGGCGACUGCAUCUGCCCCCCCCGGACACUGCGGCCCGACUGCAUCACCUGCGAGCCUCAGACCUUCGGCUGCCACCCGGUGGUCGGCUGCGAGGUCUGCAACUGCUCGCGCCCAGGGGUCACGACCCCCGAGGCCAGCUGUGACCACGACAACGGGCAGUGCAGAUGUAAGAACAACGUCAUAGGUCGCCAGUGUGACCGCUGCGAGGCCGGUUUCCAUGGUUACCCCAACUGCAGAACAUGUGACUGCAACGAGGCGGGAACUGAGGAAGACGUGUGUGACUCGUUCAACGGGCAGUGUCUGUGCAAGGAGAACGUUCAGGGCGCGCGCUGUGAACAGUGCAGAGUUGGUACGUUCCACCUGGACCCGACCAACCCUAAGGGGUGCACCAGCUGCUUCUGCUUCGGAGCCACCGACCGCUGCCGCAGCUCUGACACCCGCCGCACCCAGAUCAUCGACAUGGUUGACUGGGUGUUGAUAGGGGCAGACAGACAGGAGGUUCCCGUUAUUACGUACCCCGGUCAGGACCUGGUGGAAGCUGACCUCAGUGAUGUACCUGACGUCUACCAAGACCUUCACUGGCACGCACCCAAGACCUACCUAGGAGACAAGGUGUCUUCAUACGGAGGGUACCUGAGAUACCGCCUCGAAACACAGACCAUGAGGGGGGACGUCCUGUCCCUCCCUGCUGAGACCCCCAGACCUGACAUCAUCCUCAAGGGGAACCAGAUGACUCUGGUGUUCAUGGAGAGAGAGUACUCCUCUCCAGAGGAGCCCCACCUGGGCAUCGUCCACCUGGUGGAGGGGAGCUUCCUCCACGCCCAGACGGGGAACGCGGUGUCCCGGGAGGAGCUGAUGAUGGUGCUGGUGGCGCUGGCGUCCCUCCAGGUGCGGGCGCUGCACUCCCAGUCCGCCCACUCCGUGUCCCUGAGGGGCGCCGUGCUGGAGGGGGCCGCCGCCAAGCCCAACGGUCGCCACGCCAACAACGUGGAGAUCUGCAUGUGCCCCGCCAACUACCAGGGAGACUCCUGCCAGCGCUGUGCUCCUGGGUUCUACCGCGACACCAAGGGUCUGUUCCUGGGGAAAUGUGUUCCCUGUAACUGCAACGGCCACUCAGACCGCUGCCUGGACGGCUCGGGGAUCUGCACGGUGAGAGCCCCUGCUGUCUCCUCAUUAGCAUACGGUCCUAACGAGGACGUCUUCAAUUAACUCCAGACGCUCGUCUUAACGUAUGGUCACAAACCAGUU